UUCAUGGAAAAAGCCUCUGGUAAAUUCAUGGAGCUCGAGGAUGGCCAGAGAAACACACAGGCUAAAUUGCGGGAUAUCUAGACCCAUCUUGGGACAGGCUGUAGCCCAGAGGACUCCUGGUACUUUACCCGGUCAUACCAUUCCUCAUCCGCAGGACCCAAUGAGCACUGAAAGGCCAUUACUACCAGCAGUGGCAAAGUGACUGCUGACCCACCUGUCCAGGCAAAACAGGAGAGAGAGACACCUGCUUCAGCACUUCCAACUAAUAAAGAAGAAAUGGAGAAGGAGGUUGAGGUGCCUACUCCGAAGCCACAACCAGUGGUGAAGGAGUUUGUCCCGCAACUUCCCUUUCCUACUCAGUUGCACAAAGACCGACUAGAGACUGAGUUUGCCAAGUUCAUGGCAAUGCUGAAGCAGGUAAACAUCAGUAUGCCCUUCGUGGAGACAUUAUCCAAUAUGCCCGAAUAUGCUAAGUUCAUGAAGGACCUCCUCACCAACAAGAGGAAGCUUGGGGAGCUGUCGACGAUGAUGCUCAAUGAGGAGUUUUCUGCCAUCUUGCAGAACAAGCUACCAGAGAAGCGCAAAGACCCAGCGAGCUUCACUAUCCCUUGUAUGAUUGGUAGCUUGCAUGUAGGAAAGUCCUUGACGGAUUUAGGCGCUAGCAUAAACGUCAUGCCAUAUAAACUGUUUAAAAAGCUAGGCCUAGGUGAACCCAGUAAUACUAGGAUGAGCAUUCAACUUACUGAUAGAUCCAUUGUGCAUCCUAGGGGCAUUGUAGAUGACUUGAUAGUCCCUGUAAGGCAAUUCUCAUAUCCUGUUGAUUUUGUGAUUCUUGAUAUAAAUGAGGAUGUGGAUGUGCCUUUAAUAUUGGGUAGACCUUUUCUCGCCACUGCCAAGGCACUUAUUGAUGUGAAUGAUUGGAAGUUGAUUUUGAGGGCUGGGAUGAGCAAAUCACUUUCUCUGUUUCUGAUAAUAUGAAACACACCCCAGAUCCAUGAUGAUCUCGAUUACUGCGAUGUUAUUGGUGAU